AUGGGCAACUCAAAUUCUGCACAACAAUUACCUCAAAGAUCCAUCUCCUUCUUAGAAGAAAAAGACAUUAUCAAAGUAACAUUUGAGUUUCAUACACCUAUUGUUGGAGUAGAUAUGGCUCCGACGUUGUACAUUAAAAAUUUAGGGACUUGUAUCAUUGAAUGGUUCCGAGAAACAAAUAGCGAUCCCACAAAAACGUAUAAAAAAGAGGAAACAAGUAGCAUUUCCUUGUACAAUGGGUUAAGCUAUGUUCCCACGAGUGACGAUUUAAAUUAUAGGCUACGGUUAAGAGUAGUGCUAUUUGAUGACGAAUUUUAUUUAAAGACAGGAAAAUGUUUUUGUAAAGACAUUAUCACAAAACCUGUGAUACAAAUGCCAACAUCCAUACCGCGCAGAACAAUUGUUUCGAAUAUGGAUGACAAUAUUUUAGAUUACAGACAAAAGACAAGACUUUUGCUGACAUAUUACAAACCAGAUUUUGUUUUUUCUAUUGGAAGCUAUACGUUGACUUACAGAGGCAUAAAAAGUCAUACACUGCCAGACCUAGACUUUAUUUCAUACUCAGUAUAUAGAAAACGUUUGAUAUAUCGAGAACUCAUUCAAUCAGAUAUUGACAUGUUGUCUCUUCAAAACGUUGAGCUCACGGAAUAUAACGACUGGAACUUAGAUCUCUCAAAAAUUGGCUAUUCGAAUAUUUCUCAUAUUUUAGAUACAACUAAUUCUGGAAAUUGCAUUUUUUACAAGAGAAGCAAGUUUAGCAGAUUUAGUGACACAAAAAUCAUUGAACUUGAAUAUGAUGACACUGUUUUUAAAACAGUACAACAAACCAUAAGUAAUUUUGGAGAGUCUCCAAACGAAGAAGUUGACGUCACACGACUGAAACGGCUUUGCGAAGCUCAACAAGAAAAGAUUCGAAAAAACACACUGCCGUCUCUUUGCAGCAUUGCCGAAUUUGAAAUGAAGGACAAUGCAGAGUUGUUAAAAGUGUUUAAUCAUGAGUUACUGGAGGACAGAAAGUCCACAAGAUUACGACCUCAAAUAUUAUUCGAUCAGUUAAAUGUCUUGGUCAUUAAUUUUGCCUUGCAUUCUCUUUCAGAUGUUGACGAAACAAUUCAAUUGGAAAAGAAUUUUGAUUUAGAAACCAAUUUUUUGCUUACUCAACUGGUUGCCAUAUUCAAAUGUUUUACAAAUUACAUUGCGACCCGAAUACAACAGCAACCUAAACUAAGACUUGGAAUGACACUUUGUGGAAACAUUGGAGUUAAUAACAAGGAUACCAUUCUUCACAAGUUUAUCACUAGUAGAUUUGGGUUUACUAGUCCUUACAGAGUUAUUACUGGAGAUGAAUUUAAUUUCAUUUCCAAUUACACACAUGGCUCCCUAUAUUCUAGUAACCUCAUUUACUUUUCGUGUGACCAUUUCCAACCUAUAUCAAUUGUUUCUUCGAGCGUGCAAGUUGCACAGGAAAGUAUUAUCCCUCAACAAGACUCCGAAGUUCAGCUUUCUUUCCCUAAUGAGACUUUUGUGUGUGACGAACCAAUGCUUAAGUGUGAGAUUCAGUGGAUAGAUCCGUAUGUUCAACCAGAACCUAAGAAUGACAAGAUUUAG